AUGAUCAAUGAUAGUGGAUUUCUCCUUGUUGGAUUCUCAGGACAGCCCGAGCUGGAGGUGACCAUCUCUGGGCUGGUCCUUUUCUUCUACACCAUUGCCUUGACAGGAAAUGCAGCCAUCAUCCUGCUCCCAGUGUUGGAUAAACGUCUCGAAACCCCAAUGUACUUUUUCCUUAGAAGUUUGGCCAUCUUGGAUCUCUGCUACACCACAAAUAUAGUUCCACAAAUGUUGGUCAAUGUCUGGGGUAAAGACAAGAGAAUAACCUUUGGGGGCUGUGCCUUUCAACUUUUCACUGAUGUUGCACUCUGCACAGUUGAAUGUAUGCUUCUGGCCGUAAUGUCUUAUGAUCGAUUUAACGCUGUCUGCAAGCCUUUACACUAUAUGACCAUCAUGAACCCCCAACUCUGUCAAGGCCUAGUGGCCUUGACUUGGGGCAUCGGUAUCACUAAUUGCAUGAUCCUUUCUCCCUAUGCCAUGAGCCUUCCUCGAUGUGGAAACCACCAGCUGGAUCACUACUUUUGUGAAAUCUCUGCCAUGGUCAAGAUUGCCUGUGUGGACACAACAGCCAUGGAGGAGAUUAUAUUUGCAUUGUGUUUUUUCAUUUUGCUUGCACCACUUCUUCUCAUUCUGGUCUCAUAUGGCUUCAUUGCUGUAGCUGUUCUCAAAAUCAAAUCUGCCACGGGGAGAAAGAAGGCAUUUGGGACCUGCUCUUCCCAUCUCCUUGUGGUUUGCAUCUUCUUUGGAACUGUUACCUACAUGUACAUACAGCCAGGAAACAGUCCAUCUCAGUAUGAGGGUAAACUUCUCAGUAUCUUUUAUUCCAUUGUUACACCCAGCUUAAACCCACUGAUCUAUACUCUCCGGAAUAAAGAGUUCAAGGGAGCCCUUAAGCGGCUGAUUGAAAAAGAAAAGUGCUCUAUGCAAACAACAGGGCACUGA